CCUGGGUGUAAAAAUCAUUGACUGCGUUUCAUACAUACAUAUUUCUAAGGCUUGCGCUUUGGGAACCAUACAUUUGUCGUUUAACGGAAUUUGCAAUCCAUUGGAUGAACUCUAUGAUGUCUCGGUUACCACUAUGUCUACUGCUCUGCAUGGCUACAGCCCACCUGAGGCUCAGCCAUGCAUUCUAUGUACCCGGCGUCGCUCCUGUGGAGUUCAGCGAAAGAGAAGAAGUGGAGAUCAAGGGAGUGAAGCUAACGUCAACCAAAACACAGCUUCCUUACGAGUACUACACGAUAGGCAUCUGUCCGCCCUCACUGGACAAAAUCAUUUACAAAUCAGAGAACCUUGGCGAGGUUUUGCGUGGGGAUCGUAUCGUCAAUACGUUGUACAAGGUGCCGAUGAAGCAAAACAAGCCAUGUCAUGUAUUAUGUAAUGUCAAAUAUACCAAAGACCAAGCCAAGAUGGUUGCUGAUCGCAUCAAAGAGGACUACAGUGUUCACUUAAUCGCAGAUAAUUUGCCGGCUGCGACCGAAGUAAGAGCCAAGACGGAGGAAGAGCCGGCGCAGUAUGCACACGGCUACAAGCUGGGCUACAUGGUGGACAAAGUGCCGUACAUCAAUAACCAUCUGAUCAUGAACAUGAAAUACCACACGGUGCCGGGUGAGAACGGAGAGAGCGACAGCUACAGAGUCAUCAGCUUUGACGUGGCUGUCCGGAGCGUAGAGAACGGUCAGAUUACCCAAGGCAAGGACGACAUCUGCGUCUUCAAGGAGAAGAAAGAUGGCGAGACCGUCCCUGUCCAACCCUUCGUCGGUGACAAGGAAACAGAGAUAACAUUCUCCUACGAGGUGAACUGGCAGGAAAGCAACAUCAAAUGGGCAUCACGCUGGGACACCUACCUCAACAUGACCGAUGUACAGAUCCACUGGUUCUCCAUUAUCAACUCCCUGGUCGUGGUGUUCUUCCUCGCAGGUAUAUUGACCAUGAUCAUGAUCCGAACUCUGAGAAGAGACAUCGCACGCUACAACAAGGAUGAAGAUGUGGAAGACACAAUGGAAGAAACCGGUUGGAAACUGGUUCACGGCGACGUCUUCAGACCGCCCAAGGCAAAGCAGCUUCUCGCUGCUCUGGCAGGGACCGGUGUUCAGAUCUUCGUCAUGUCUGUCAUCACCAUCAGUUUUGCUAUGUUUGGGAUGUUGUCGCCUAGCAACCGAGGAGCCCUCCUUAGCGCUGCACUUUUCCUCUUUGUCUUUAUGGGGGUUUUUGCAGGGUUUUUCUCUGGUCGUCUCUACAAGACGAUGAAAGGGACCCAAUGGAUGCAGUCGGCCCUCAUGACGGGCCUGCUCUACCCAGGAAUCAUGUUUAGCUGCAUGUUCCUGCUGAACUUCUUCAUCUGGGGCAAGCAUUCGUCCGGUGCGGUGCCGUUCAGCACCAUGAUAGCCCUAGUGUGCAUGUGGAACGGGAUCUCGGUGCCGCUGGUCAUUUUGGGCCACUACUUUGGCUACCGAAAGCAGCCAUACUCCCAUCCUGUGAGGACCAAUCAGAUCCCUCGUCAAGUUCCAGAGCAAGUCUGGUACCUCAACCCAUUGCUAAGCACUCUGAUGGCUGGCAUCCUUCCAUUUGGUGCUGUCUUCAUUGAGCUCUUCUUCAUUCUCACGGCAAUUUGGGAGAACCAGUUCUACUAUCUGUUUGGGUUCUUGUUUGUCGUGUUUGUCAUCCUCAUUAUCUCCUGCGCCCAGAUCUCCAUAGUGAUGGUCUACUUUCAGCUCUGUGGCGAGGAUUACCACUGGUGGUGGCGAUCAUUCCUCGUGUCCGGGGGGUCAGCAUUCUAUGUAUUUAUGUACUCUGUUUUCUACUUUGUAACCAAGUUGGAUAUUACCCAGUUCGUUCCCGCCCUCCUGUAUUUUGGCUACACCUUCAUGAUGGUCCUAACCUUUUGGAUCAUCACUGGGACGAUGGGCUUCUAUGCAGCCUACUGGUUCAUCGUUAAAAUAUACGGUGCUGUCAAGAUUGAUUGACGCGGCAAGAACGGUAACAUGGUCAAACGUAGUAUUGGGCCACCAGGCUACCCGUCAUAAGAUAGAUAUUUCUUUUUUGGGAAAAAAUGUGUUGGUAUUGGAUGUGGGUAGACUUUUUUUAACAGUUCCUCAACCGAUUUGGCUGUCUCUACCAUUUUAUGUCCAGAGUUCAAAUGAUAAGUUUGUCGUUUUAUUUUUUGGAAUCGGAAUUGAACUUUGUUUCAGAGACAAGGCCUAUUUAUUACCUCUGAACGUCUGUGCUCCAUCUAGCAAAAAUUUAAUAACGUCUCCAUGGACACGGAUGCAGUUUUCCUUCAGUUUUAGGGAAAAGGAGAAACAUGGCCUGAAGUUGUCAUGUGAUUUUAGUCCGUAAUUCUCGGUGUAAACCAAUAUAAUUUGCCAAGAACAAUUUUAGAGUCUGCAGCGUUACAGCAUUGGAAAUAUUAAAUUUUGUACUAGGUUUUGGAAACAAAGAUCCGGUUGAGUUCGUGCGUAAAUUGGGACUUUUCCAGAAUUUCCCCAUCAAUUAUCAGCAGCUGAGCCCAAUGCGAACACAAGGCUUAAACAUCUGGGCCACCUCUGUAUUGUAGCCACCUCGGUACAGGGGCACCUGUUGGCAACAAUCCCUCAUCUACAUGUCUCUAGCUGUAUGUGCUUUUUACUGUAGAUUCAUUUUGCUUCGUGGUGCAAGGGGGUCUGUUUUUGGUAGGCUGCUUUUAAGAGAAUAGUUUUGUACUUAAAUAGAGGUGUAAUUCCCAACCAUUGCCAGCCAAAAUAGUCAAAUUUUGACAUUAAAAUCCACACAACACCGACAGUGGUGCUGUCCACAGCUUUUUCAUUGCAUAUGUAAUAUGCCAUUUGCCAGGUGGUAUUUGCGUGUGGUAUUCCUGCAUAGAAUUAGACGCUGUGGUAAGUUCUUGGACGUUUUUUAAAGAGCUUAGUUCAAUGACAAGAUUCGUGUCUUCAAGAAGUCUCGUACCACUGGUUCUGAUUUUGCUCUCUGCCCAUUCUCCAAGACAUCAGAAAAGAUCAACUCCUUUUUAAGUAGACUUGUAAUAGUCCUUCCUUGACCCUAAAUUUGUUGCAGAUAACUGUUUGGGGUUUCGCGUUAAUCUACAACAUAGUGUGGUCUUUUUGUGAGUUAAAAGUUCAGCCUCUUGGUCCAGCCCGAAGUUUUGACAAUCAGAACUGUGGCCUUUGCCAAAGGGUUUUUGGUAUCAAAGGUCAAAUGUUAAAUAGUGAAGCAAACCAAUGGGAGUGACAUGGUAUAUAUUGAACAGAGGUUUGCAUCAGUUUUGAUGGCCUCUAUUUUCCUUUUUUUUUUAACCCAAUUUUUUUUUUAUUCUUUGAUUGUUAAUCACUUUUAUGAGUUGUAGAAUUUUGUUUGUCAAUAGUAUGUGAGUGGGUGUAAAAAUCUCUGUAAAGAUCAAGUGUCACAUUCACAUGACUGUUUGGAAUUAUUCUGAAAGCCACAUUUGUUUAUUUACAUGCUUAAUAUCAAAUACCAGCAAAAAUGUGUAAUUUUUCAGUGAUACACGAGUUUCAACUAAUUAAAUGACAGGGUAAUGUGAUUUGUACUUUCAAAAGAAUUCGAAAUUCCUGAAUGUAACAACUGUGGCUUCAUUAAGAAUUGUUUGUUUUUCGGACAAGAGGUUCCAAACAGUCAGGUGUACUUCUAAAAAAUUAAUUUUCUUUUGUUUAAAGACUAUAAAAGUAUCCGAUUCGUAAGUGAAUUCGUCACAAAGGAGGACGAGCCAAGGUUUGCCGGCUCCCAUUGGACGAUCACUGAAGUUGCACGUUAACUUCCGGUUCCAUGGUUCCAUGUAAACGGUGAUCAGUGCAUAUGACUCUAUGCACAGUGCAUGUGCAGAGGGCGUGGUUUAAACUGAAGUGACGCCACACUUAAGAACUGGAUUGGUUAUAUUAAUAGUUCUUGGAUAUUUUUGAAACUAACUGAAAAUUUAUCAGCCAUUCAGAAUCUGUGGCUCAGAUUUACUACUCAUUGCAGAACCUUUCCAUGAUUCCGUCUCGGUACUUUUCAGGAAACAUGCAUAUUUGUUUACAAUACUAUCGGACAUGUUUAUUGAUGUGUACCAGUCAAUUAACAAAAUAGUGGUAGUUUAAAAAAAAGUCAUGCUAUAAAUUUAAAAGAUUACCAGAAGUUAUUUCAAACAUUAGAAAGUCAUAUAUUGUUCUGAAAUUUCAGAUGUACCCUCGCCAUUUCCCUUUUCAGCAGAAAGCUAUAUUACAAGUUCCGCUUUGAACGUCGGCUUCGAGUUCAUAGUCCCAGAGACCACGCGUGCUUUCAACAAUGUGUUUUCACCCAUUCCCAAUAUGCUGUUUGCUUGGAUGUUGUUUAUGGCAUGUAUGCGCAUUUCAAAGUCACACAUUUGCCUCAUUUUGUUCGCACGAGGUGCAGCUGGUCAUUCUUCUUGUAAAUAACAUCUUCAUGAGCAUUUUUAUUUCUGGUAGGUUUUGAUUUGGUAAAUCCUUUGCCGGCUGUAGUGUUCCGUAUUAACCCAUGUGUACAAGAAAAUAAAAAUCUAUUCUGAAACACUGA